UUUGACUUACGUGAUAUCUAAAUAUCUCCCGCGUAUCUCAAUUGUGUGGAAUCAUGGCGUAUACCAUGUAAAACAAAAGAUGUGCAAAAUUAUAAAAAAAAAAAGUUGAAAAGAUAAUAAGAUCUUACUUUUAAUUAAAUUGUAUUUCUGAAAUUUCGAUUAUAAUUUUAAAGAUAUUUGUAUCUUACCCGCUAUUAUUAACUUGACUCCAAUAAUAAAGUCCCAAACUACCUAACUUGGUGACUUGAAAAGUGUUCAAAUAGGCAUCAAAACAAAAGUUAGCAUAUUUUCCACACCUUUUCUUACUCCUUUUAUGUCGAACCCACAACCUUAAACUGCCACAUUAAACAAACAUAACCAAAAAAAAAAAAACUUCUCUGCAAAAUCCUCUGUAAGUAAACCAUGAAGAAAAAAUUCUGUCUUUGUUAUUGUCCUUCUGUUGUUGAAACAGAGGAUUCUAAUGAUCUUCUUCUUUCAACAAACAACAAUAGUACUCUUUCUUCGUCUAUGAAAAUCUUCGAGAAUAAUUCAGACGAAAAAAUAACGAAUCCAUCAUUUAAUAAAAGUAUCCACAAACUUCCUAGCCGGAAAUUUUUUUCAUACAAGAAUUUUCCUCGACUUUGUAAAGCCAUAUUGUUUCAAGAUUCUCUGAGAAAUAUUCAGCAACUUGAGAUUGAAUUGAAAAGUAAAGUGAAUUGGAAUAAAGAUGAAAAGUGCUACAAGAAAUUGGAAAAUCAUGAAUCAAGAAAACCAGAAAUGGAAGUUAAUAAAAUCUCACAAGAAAAAGGCAGUUCAGUUUCACAUGAAUCUCAAAAGUUGUCAUCAUCAAAUUGGACAAAUCCAAAAGCUUGUAGUACUACUUCAACAUCAUCAUGUGACAAGAAGAAAAAGGACUGUUGUUCCUUGUUGUAUUUAAUUGUCAUUGCUCUAUUCAUGACUAUUUUUCUAGGGAAAUAUUGGGCCAUAGUGUUAACAUUAUCAUGGCUCUAUUCUAUUCCUUAUUAUUAUGAGACUCGAUAACAAUAACAUAUUCAGUGAAGCCUUAUUAUCAGAGUCGAUUAAUCGAAAGUGAGAUUAUAGUA